UCAGAUUUGACAGACAUCGAUGAUCCCAAACGUCAAAACGCGCUCUUACUACACUACAUCGGUGAAGAAGUCAAUGAUAUCUUUGAAACACUCACAGUCAGUGCACCGGCUGAAGGAGAAACAGUUCUAGACGUCACAAUUAAAGCACUAUCUGAAUACUUUACACCGAAGCAAAACCCUGUAUUCGAAGAAUAUAAAUUUCGCAACGCCAAACAAACCCACGACGAAGCUCUUAUGACGUACUAUACACGACUCAAACAACUUUCACUCACCUGUGAAUUUCACGAUGCCGAUCGCGAAAUCAAAUCUCAGAUCAUCCAACACGGCCGCUCGCAACGACUUCGACGAAAAGCUUUAAUCGAUCCAACUAUAACCCUGACAAAACUUCUAGAAAUGGGUAAAGCGGCGGAGUUAGCCGACUCGCAAGCAGCGAACUUAGAACGAACAGCGAACGUCAGCCAUUUCACAACCGGAAGUAGCAAAAACCACAACAAAGCACGCUUCCAACCCCGGAGCCCCGGCACCAGGGUGCAAUGUCGUAAUUGUGGAGGCACAUACCCGCAUGAAGGCGGAAAAACUGCUUGCCCAGCAUACGGAAAAGAAUGUUGCUCCUGUGGAAAACCUAACCACUUUCAGUCUGUAUGUCUCCAAGACAGACAACGCUCAAACCCCCCACCAUACCACGUCAGCGACGCUACCCGCAAAGAGCCGAACGACAGGACGUCCGAGCGAUGA